UGGUUCAGGUGGCGUCGUUUGCGGAGAGAUUUCAAGCAUAAUUGUGGGAUUCGGUUGCAGAAAGAAAUCGCUUCCAAGGGAGGAAAAGACUUCAAAAUAUUUUCUGAAAGAGAGUUGCAGAGAGCUUCCAAGUCUUAUUCAACAGAAUUGGGGAGAGGCGGCUUCGGAAAAGUGUAUAAAGGAAAACUCUCUGACGGUAGGGAAUUGGCCAUUAAAAUGGCCGUAUCGGCUCCGAUGAGUUGAUAAACGAAAUAAUGAUUCUGUCCCAUAUGAGUCACAGGAAUGUUGUGAAAUUGUUUGGUUGUUGCAUGGAAAGUCAGCUCCCUUUGCUUGUAUACGAAUUUGUUCCGAAUGGAACACUUUCUCAACAUCUAAAGUCCUGCCAAAAUGACUUGCCGUGGGAAAGACGACUGCAGAUUGCCAUCGAGUGUGCAGAGGCUGUAGCAUACAUGCAUCAUGAAGCCUCUCAGCCAAUUUUCUAUCGCGAUAUUAAAUCCUCCAAUAUUCUUCUCGAUCAUACUUUCACUCCAAAAGUGGCCGACUUUGGUAUUUCUCGUCUGCAACCUUCCAAUGAAAUGCACCUGUGUACUAAAUCUCCUUCGGGCACUCUGGGUUACGAGGAUCCCCAGUUCAAGGCAAGCUGCCAGUUUACAAACAAGAGUGACGUUUAUAGCUUUGGUGUAGUUUUGGUGGAGCUUCUCACUGGUAAACCUGCGGUCAUGUCUCCUCCUGAGUUGUCUCGAGAUGGCGAUAUGUACUUCUUAUAUGACCAUUUCCUAUCUGCAUUUAAUGACAAUCGCUUAAUCCAAAUCGUAGAUCCCAGAGUUGUGAGUGACAGAACCCUAGUGCAGAUGAAGAAUAUGGCACAACUAGCAAAAGCAUGUUUGGAAAUGGAAGGAAUGGCAAGGCCAUCGAUGAGAGAGGUGGUGGGAGAGCUUGCUUGGAUAAGAGGAGGCACAAGACAACCGGGGAUUUAUGGGGAUGUGACACUUCUUGAGCGUAGGGGAACUUCAAGUUAA